AUGAGCAGCAACUCAUCCCCACCUGUAGCUCCGCUACUUUGCUAUGAGAACCUGAAUGGGUCCUGUAUUAAAACUCCCUACUCGCAAGGGCCCCGGGUGAUUCUCUAUGCAGUGUUUGGCUUUGGGGCUGUGCUGGCUGUACUGGGAAACCUGCUGGUGAUGACUUCCAUUCUCCACUUCAAGCAGCUGCACUCUCCAACCAAUUUCCUCAUCGCCUCUCUGGCCUGUGCUGACUUUUUGGUGGGAGUGACCGUGAUGCCCUUCAGCAUGGUCAGGUCCGUGGAGAGCUGCUGGUACUUUGGCCGAAGUUUCUGCACUUUUCACACUUGCUGUGAUGUGGCAUUUUGCUACUCUUCUCUCUUCCACCUGUGCUUCAUCUCCAUUGACAGGUACAUUGCUGUUACCGACCCUCUGGUCUAUCCCACCAAAUUCACGGUAUCUGUGUCAGGGAUUUGCAUCUGCAUCUCCUGGAUCCUGCCCCUGGUGUACAGUGGUGCCGUGUUCUACACAGGUGUCUAUGAUGACGGUCUGGAAGAAUUAUCCAAUGCCCUCAACUGCAUAGGAGGUUGUCAGGUAGUUGUCAAUCAAAACUGGGUGCUGAUAGAUUUUCUUUCUUUCUUUAUACCUACGAUUGUUAUGAUAAUUCUGUACGGUAAUAUUUUUCUUGUGGCUAGAGAGCAGGCUAAAAAGAUUGAAAAUGUUAGUGGCAAAGCAGAAUCAUCCUCAGAAAGUUACAAAGCCAGAGUGGCCAAGAGAGAAAGAAAAGCAGCCAAAACCUUGGGGAUCACUGUGAUAGCAUUUAUGAUCUCAUGGUUACCAUAUAGCAUUGAUUCAUUAGUUGAUGCUUUUAUGGGAUUUAUCACUCCUGCCUAUAUUUAUGAGAUCUGUGUUUGGUGUGCUUACUAUAACUCAGCCAUGAAUCCUUUGAUUUAUGCUUUAUUUUACCCUUGGUUUAAGAAAGCUAUUAAAGUUAUUAUUAGUGGUCAGAUCUUAAGGAACAGUUCGGCAACCAUGAAUUUGUUCUCUGAUCAAAUGUAA